GCGAUAUAUAAUAUCGAUAGUUCCGUGGUCCCACUGGAGGACACUGGAAAAUUCUAUAAACAAUACAAUACCCGUAUAUAAAUCGUGCAACACAAUAUCAAUUUCCCACGGCCAUGGCGUCCGACAAUGAGGAUUCACCGUCGUCGCCGACUGGCGAAAUCGCAGAGAUACUUAAGUUGAAUGACGAUUGCCUGGAAGAGAUUUUCAAGCGGUUGCCGGACUUGCAAACAGAAAUUUACUUCUCCCAAGUCUGCCAGCGGUUUCAAAACAUUUCCCUGGGAAAGUGGAGAAUCAGCCAUACCUAUGACACAAUGGAUCUUGAAAAAUGGCGAGAGCUGCUACCCAACUUUGAGGAUUUAUAUUACUUCAUUCAUCUGCUGCAGCCGUACAUAAAGGAGAUGUAUGUCAGUAGCUGUCUGUGCACAUUGCUCAAAGAUUUGGACGAGAUACACAUUACGGAGCUGCCCCAGGUGACCAGCUUCUACUACGAUCCCGAGGACGUGGACUGCUAUCCAUCGAAUCGAAGCAUACGCAAGUUGACACUCAUUGUGCCGGGGCUGCGCAGACUUCGCCUAACCACUCCUACUGAUGGGCGCUAUCUCUCGCACUUUAAGCACCUAGAAGAACUUCACCUGUAUGAGGAUCAGCACAAGGCCUACGAGCUGCGCCAGCAGUAUCUGGAUGAGGUUUGCCAUCGGUGCGACCUCAAAGUGCUGGAUAUACGAACAUUCGAUGGGGUCAGCAAGCUGCGCCUAAACAACUGCGUUAAAUCUCUCCAGAGUCUCACCACCCUCAAGCUCAAUCUGGCGACGAUCAAGUCAGUCCUGCCCGAAAUCAUGAAGCUGCCGGCGCUCAAGCAACUGGUAGUUCUCCUGUGUUCCGAAUGGCAUAUUCCCGCAGAAGUCAGCCCGGACGGGUACGAUCCCAAAAUACGAGAAGUCGAGGAGUUCUAUGCGAUAAUGGAGCAGAAGGCAAAGGAAAUUAUAUGCGUUGCCGUGGAUGGCUACUACAUGCCACUGGAGCCGGGUUGGGAUAAGAACUUACCAAUUUGGCCGCACAAGAAUCUGCAGCGCCUGGCCAUUUGCAGUUGGGAUCAUUCUACCGACUAUCUUGAGCGGUACACCUGCAUGAAGGAUCUGCAACUGCUUUGCCUGCGAAAUUGUACACACCUGAACGAUGAUGUACUUCUCAAAUUCGUUGAUCUAUGCCCCCGUCUGCAGCAGCUGGACGUGUCCUACUGUCGAGAGGUAACACCCAGUUUUCUCUCUCGAGCUUUGAAGAUUCUCAAGCAAAAAGACCCGCACAGACAAAAGUCGGGAUAUUGCAAGACCCCGCCGUUGUUUAUCUUCUAUGUCCUCAGUGGGUUCGAAGAAUAUGUCGAUAAAGAGAAUCUAAAGACCUCUCCAGACUACAAGGAUUAUAUUGUCUUUAAACCUGACUUUCCAGUCCGAUCGGAGCGGGGGCUUAGCUUUGUCGAUCGCGGCUAUCAGUUCGAAUUUAUCUAAGGUCGAGUAAAUACAUAUAUAUAU